GUGAGCGGUGCCGUCCGGUUGCGCGAUGCAUUGUGGGCGCGGCUGAGGAAGUAAAAUGGCGGACCUGGCAAACGAAGAAAAACCUGCCAUUGCUCCACCUGUCUUUGUAUUUCAGAAGGAUAAAGCACAGAAGAGAUCUGGAGAUGGAUCAAGUCCAGAAGAUGGAGAUGAAUCUGAUCGAGAGGAUGGAAGUUACUGUCCACCUGUAAAACGUGAGAGAACUUCAUCGUUGACUCAGUUCCCUCCUUCUCAGUCAGUAACAAAGAACAAUGUCUUUAUGCCGUCAAGUUUCUGUGAACCCUCUACAGGCAAUUCUGACUCAGAACCAGAGGAAAAGAGCAGUGGAUUCCGGCUUAAGCCACCAAUACUUAUCCAUGGUCAGGCACCUAGUGCAGGUCUCCCUAGCCAGAAACCGAAGGAACAGCAGCGAAGUGUGCUCCGUCCAGCAGUGUUACAGGCACCACAGCCAAAAGCUUUCUCACAGAUGGUUUUCUCCUUUCAGAAAAGAAACAUCUUAAAUGUUCUCAGCAGUGGCACCAAUGGUGUAAAUAUCCCCCCAGAUUCUGCAGCCAUAUCAGAAUCACCAAGUGAUGCAACACUGAAAAGUUCCAACUCUGAAGACAAGGCACCACAAUGUCAGAAAAAGGAGUCCAACAAUACUUCAGAUGAUGACAGCUGUGAGAAGGCUGAACUAAAUGCACACCAAGCAUUUGUUUUUGGGCAAAAUUUAAGAGAUAGAGUUAAGCUAGGAGAUGAAAGCGAUGAAACUACUGAUGUGCAGAAUGCUGGUCUUCUGACAUCAGAUAUACCUUCUGCAACAAACUAUUUUCUACAGUACAUCGGUUCCAGUGUAGAGAGCUCUACAAACAGUGCAGAUGCAUCUAGCAACAAGUUUGUUUUUGGACAGAACAUGAGUGAGCGAGUCCUAAGUCCACCAAAAUCAAAUGAAGGUAGUACAGAGAGUAAUAAGGAGAAUGCUUCUACAGAGUCUGGGUCUGAAUCGUCUUCUCAGGAGGCCACACCAGAAAAAGCUAAUAAUAUUUCAGAAUCACUGGCAGAGUCUGCAGCAGCCUAUACUAAAGCAACUGCAAGGAAGUGUUUAUUAGCGAAGGUAGAAGUGAUUACUGGGGAGGAAGCUGAAAGUAAUGUGUUACAGAUUCAGUGCAAGCUGUUUGUAUUUGAUAAAAGCUCUCAGUCUUGGGUGGAAAGAGGUCGAGGGCUCCUGAGACUCAAUGAUAUGGCCUCAACAGAUGAUGGAACAUUACAGUCUCGACUGGUGAUGAGGACUCAGGGGAGUCUCAGGUUAAUCUUAAAUACCAAGCUCUGGGCUCAGAUGCAGAUUGAUAAAGCCAGUGAGAAGAGUAUCCGGAUCACCGCCAUGGAUACAGAGGACCAAGGAGUUAAAGUUUUUCUUAUAUCAGCAAGCUCUAAAGAUACAGGGCAGUUAUAUGCUGCAUUGCACCAUCGGAUCUUGGCCUUGCGCAGUAGAGUGGAACAAGAGCAAGAAGUCAAGAAUGUAGCACCUGAGCCAGAGGUAACACAGUCAAAUGAGGAAGACAGUGAUGAUGAUGUCAUUGCACCUUCAGGAUCAGUUGGAAGUGGUCCUAAUGAUGAAGGUGAUGGGCAGAACACUGGCAGCACAUAGCAGAUGUGAGCCAAUCUGCUUGCAAGGCUGCUAUGAACACCAUCUUGCAGGCGUCUCUGGAUACCCCAGGCCAGCAAUUACUUCAGGCGGUGUUGAAAGCUCCAAGACUUAAGAACUGUGCAUCUCUGUUCUGUUUGUUUGGGUUUUUGGUCUGGAUCAGUAGAUUCCACACACACACAAAAAAAAAAGCAGACUUGGAAGCUACCUGAAUGUGGUUUGGGACGUUGAAGGCUCAUCAUAUUGAUGAGCAAAAAAAAAAAAAAAAAAAAAAAUCCAACCCCAAAACAAUAAAAACACAAAAUGCAACCACCCCCAACCAUUUUCCCUCUUCCUUGUAAUUAAAAUGGCACAUUACAGCUUGUCACAGCUUUUCAUUGGGACCUUUUGGCUGUUUCUUCAGUAGUUCAUGUCUUGCAGGUCUCCAAGAUAGAACUUUUCAACACGGUUCCAACUUGAAUUCUGCUUUUAUAACCCCUACUCUCCUUUAUGCAGGGAAACCUGGUUCUCAUCAGCUCCUAUGCUCACUGGCUGCCCUUUUGGGUUCUUUUUUUUUUUGUACUGCAGAUGGGGCAGAUUAUGUUUUUACCUUUUAAUCCCAACAUAGGUUGUGGAUGUGGACAUCAUUGUUUGCUGUCUAGUGGGUUUGUAAACAGAAAGAAAGAAAACAUUGUGUUUCACCAGAAAAGCUUUUUUAAUGUGAUAAUAAGAAACUUUAAAGUCUGCA